UAUUUUAAUGCCCGACGAAGUUUUAAGUAUAUAAAGAACGGCUGGCUGGAAACAAUUUCCUUUACUUUUUGUAUUAAAAAAUUUAUAACUACAAAUAUGAGACAAUCCUUUGUAUUAUUUAACGGCAACGAUAAAAAGUUAAUUCUUGAAAACGCCACUCAUCCAUGCCCACGAUGUAAACGACAAGAUACAGUGCAACUGACUCGUAGUGAAAAGAAUUGGAUCGUGUUUAACCGACGUAUUGAAUUACCCAACAGUAUGCGAGUACGUUAUGAAUGUAGAAAAUGUCGUUGGAAGAACGAGACUUUACCAGAUGAUGAUCCAUCCUUUCAAAUUAUCCCUACUGCUUCCUGUCCUAAUGAUUAUGGACAUGAUAUGGGUCGUUGUUGCUCUAGUAUUAUGUCUUCCUCCUCCUUUAUGAGCGCCACAUCUUCCUUGUACCCGGGUUCAAUUGCAGAUGCCAAUAUUUAUAAGAAGCGUGCUUCCUAUGGUUACCUUUAAAUUCAUUAUCCCUCAUCAUCCCAACGCACUACUGUUUAAAAUCACACGCCUUCUACCCCCCUUUGUACAUAUACAUUCUACAUAUCACUACUUUUCCUACUUUCUUUUCUUCUUUAAAAAAAGUCGUUUUUUACUAUACCAACGAAAAAUAAUAAAAUAACAAAUAUGCGUGUUGAUCAUUGCUUCUUUAUCUUC